AGCAACUAGCAGACGCAUAAUUUUGCCUUAAGUUGCUCACUUUUAGACUUCCCAGUUCCCACGUUGAGUUACCGGUGUUUAUUCAUUUCCUUUCGUCACGAUUACCCCCAAUAAAGAAAUUCAGUAUUUUCUUAUUUUCUUGAAAUAAGGGAUACCGGCUGCGAGGAAGUAUUAAAUAGUUGCAACAAACCAGCGUUGGUUAAUCGGCCUAAUAAUCCAAACUCAUGACAUAAGCCAUACAACAUGGGGAAUAAGAGAUAUGAAUGUUCUCUAUGUGAUCGUCGCUUUCAUUCUCCAUCUCAUCUCCAACGUCAUCAUGUUUGUGUCCACUCUGAUCUCAAAGAAUUCAAGUGCAACCUCUGUGAUUAUGCAACUUCCCAGAAGAGCCACCUAAAGAAACACAUGGAACGAAAGAAUCACAGAACAGAAUCAGACGAGGAAUGGCUCAUAAAAAGAGGACAAAGACAUAAGUGUGAAAUAUGUUGUCGAACCUUUCCAUAUCCAUCAAGGCUUCGUUAUCACAUGACAUUCGCCCAUGGUGAGCAGAAGCCAUUUAAGUGUAGCCGUUGUGAAUACACGACAGUACGAAAGAGUCAUCUUAAGCGGCAUUUAGAGCUGCACGAAUCUAAGGAUAAAUCAACGUCUAAUAACGAAUCUGUUGAUAGCAGCAGUGCGUCUACCAACGUUAAUUGUACUGAUGCAUGUGAUCCACCUCGAGAGGAAAAAGAUGUUGAAAGAAAUACUGUUGAUCGUCCAUUGCGUAAGUUACGCAGUACAGUACAAAACAGAACUGUCAACAGAGAAAAUAGCGAAUCGCCGGUUGUCGAGAAGAAACGAAGCAACAGAAAGACUGCUGAGGAAGAGUCUGAAGAUUCGGCUCCAUCUUAUACCUCUAUUAAUAACGUUGUCGACAACAGUAGUCAUCAUUCAGAAAAUGUCGAAUCCGUGGAAAUGAGAAAAAAUCUCAUCAGUUCCACUUCUUCUGAUGAUCAUCCACCUUCACAACGAUUUUCGUUGCUACCUGUUUUGGCGACUCCUAUCCACGAAGAAGCCCGCAAACUGAAGUCUGAGGUUUUACUAGCAACGACCCUCCCCGUGGUGCUUUCUCUACUGGAGCGUUUGCUGGAUCUUUCUGCUUCCAUCAUGCACCAGAUUCGUAUUUCCAUUGAGGUUGAAGUUCGUCAUAAAGCCAUCGAAUGCUUUGAAUAUGUAUGGAGUGCUUCUAAAAUAGCAGUCGGUCGCUGGAGAGACAUGGUGGAAACCUCGAUGGAUCGCAACACUUUUCUGAGAGCUGUACAAUAUGCGUACAAAAUACUUCCGGUUUUUUUCAGUUUGGAGAUAAAUGAACAUCUAGAAAUGGUGGAAAACGUUAUGUUACUUGCUCUCAACACUGUUAAGAACUGCCAACAUCCAUCUUCAACUGGAGAAUUCUAAGCCUGGCCCAUUUGGCCAAUAUGUAACUUGUGAAUGUUCCGGGAAGAUGUUUUGAUCACCUUUGGAUGAAAGCUUAAAGAAUGUGUCUAGUAGAUAUUACGAAGACCUAACCGAAUUGCACUAAUGAUUUUUUUUUUCCCUAGCAAGCCACAAUUUUUUCAUUUUACUGAAUUUAGUCAGAAACUUUAGUUUUCUUUUUUGUUUUCUGUAGUUUUGUUUUAUGUUAUGAUUUUGACUUUUCUGAAGCAUUUGCAUGAGGGAUAUUGAUUUAUGUGAUAUACUACAGUGAAAUAGCUAAAAUGCUAUUUUUGUUAUACAGACAAGGGAAGCUAUUAAUGUUUUCUUUUUGGUGACGCUAUCACGUUUCUUCGACAUUUCUUUGCUUAUGUCCCAAUACAAGAAUUUGUGUUUGUUCAAUAA